GGAUGAGAGACAUUAAGAAGAAGAGCCCAGCUCUACGAACCCGUGUCCUCCACAAGUAUCCCGCCACAAUUGCCACACCUUUCGCACCGGCCACUCCGGUCGAGACAACGACACCCAAUCCCAGCUCUGCUCCUCUGGAAGGGUCAUUGGAAAGUUUGGCAACACAACUGAACCUUGAAGAAACCAUACGCCCGACGAUCAAGCCCGUGUCCCUGAAGCUGGGUCCCAAACUGGGCCGUCAGGUGAUUGUUCAGAAUGAUAGGGGGAUAGAUUGCGCAAGCGCAAUUCGUAUGUUGGAAAUAUCUUGUAGUGCGAAUCAACUUCGGAAGCAAGAGCGCGCACAGAAGUUCCAUGUGAGACGUGGCCAGUUGCGUAAAGACAUUCGCCGGGAGCGAUGGAGAAGAUUGUUCAAGUUUUCAUUCACCGAAACUGCUAAGAAGAUUCAGCGCAUGAGAGACCAGGGAUGGUGAUUUGAUUGUGCGCCGACGUACUAUCAAUUCUACGUCGAUUGAUGUAUUUGGUAGACAGGGGAUAUUUGGUUGUUUUGAUAUUGUAUAAUAAAAA